AUGAAGACCGCCCGAACGCGGCGUACCCGAGCUACUGUGGUCGACAGCGACGAUAGCCAGAGCGAAUCGGGCUCUUCCGAGGCGGGUGCGAAUGGAUUCUUUGAUGAUGAGGCCCUGGAGGCGGAAGAGACGACGGAUGAGGACUCUGGCUCCGACGAAGAGGACAUUGACCCUUUUCCCUUCACACGGCUGCCGCCAGAGCUCCGUUUGCAGGUUUGGACUCUGUUUUGCACCGAUCUGCGAGGCGCACCGCGUGUUCUCAGCUUCAACGUUAGCGACAGCCUGUCACCCACCAGAACAUCGCCUUGCAAGGUGAUUGGCCCUGGACACUUCCUUGAAGACCAAACGCGCGCCCUUCGUCAUGUUUUGGCCACGAAUCAGCAGUCGCGAGCCAUCGCCAAGCAGAGGUUUCCGGAUGAGUUACACGUGGAGUCAGAUAACGGCCAAGAAAUGACGAUAUGUUUCAACCGCAACGUCGACGUCGCUCUGUUAGACGUUGUACCAGAUUUCAAUGCUGGUGGCGCGAUGUUUGGGAGUUCUUCAGCCCCCAAAGUGAGUUUCGAUGGCUUCUCGCAGUCCAUUAUCAACCUAGCCUUGCCGCUUCGCAACCCCAGUUUUCUACUGGAUGAUGCGGAUGUUACUUCUUGGCUCCGGAAAUUCACAUCUCUACAGCGCAUCUUUUUGUAUGUGAUGGAUGAUGAAUCCGACGGCGUCAGACUCAAGGAGGAAGCUGUGCGCUGGUGUGCCUCGCCCCAUGCUCGCCAGUACUAUAUGGAGACUUUCAGGAGCGAGUCAGUCGGUGGCGAAGAUUACACGCAGCUUAUCUGCUGGGCUGAUGCCGAAAAGAGUCCUUCCUUUACUAAAGCUCAUGUUCCUAAUUGGCACACAAGAAUCCUCAGUGAAGGACCAAAGAUGAACUUUGAAGCGGCCGGCGUGAUGACCUAUCCGAUGGUCAUUUUCGACACAAUAGCAUCUUUUCAACGCUUCGAUGAGUUUGUUGCUACAGACAACCUACCUUUGAAAGUACAGGGCGCCAACGACGAAGAUUCCGAGGAUUCAGAUGCUGAUAUCUACGAGGACGACAGCGAUGGAGAUUUCCAAGUUAAUGGUGCCAGCGAGCUGGUGGAUGCCUAUGAGAGCGACGGUAUUGACGACGAUGAACCCGAAAUCUUUGAUGAGUCCGACGAGGAACACCUUGAUGACGGAGCCAGCGACGAGGAAGACGGAGGCGGAGGCGGAGACGAUGUUCCGUCAAAUCCAUUCUCAAGCCCGGAGCCGUCAGAAGACGAAAGAGGCCCAUCGGUACGCGGCCGACAGCGCCGUGUCAUAGCCGACUCGGAUGACGAGGAUGAUAGCGAGCCCAACACUAGACCUACGAAGCGAAAGCGCGUUCACGUCGUGGAGGAUUCGGACGAAGAGCUUAGCCCUGCCGAGGCAGCAGAACCGCAACUUAUUUCCUCGGAUGAGGAUGAGGGCCCCAUCACCAAACGCCGCAGGAUAGAAAUCGUUGAUAGCGACGAAGGAAGCGAGGACGGCAGCGAAGAAGACGAUGACCAGCCGCAGCAGUCAAGUCUUGCAGACCGCCUUCAAAAUCGCAGCCGAUAUGUCCGUGCUGCUCUGUCUGAUGAAGAAGACAGCGAGGAAGCAGAAGGCAGUGCGGAUGGUGGAAGCAAUGCGGACGAGGAAGAUGACGACGAGGAAAAUGAAGAAGAUGACGACAAGGAGGAGGAAGAUGGUUUGGUCGACAACAUGGCUGCGGAAUCUGACGACGAUGAGGAGGAUGAAGAGGACGAAGAGGACGAAUAG